CUUGUCUGGUGAUUCCCCUGAUCCUGCACCAGGACAAGUGCCCAGCCAGGAGGAUAGCACCCAAAGCUGGCAGAUCGGGAGAGAAGAGAGGGGUGCAGGGGGGGGAGAAGAGUUGGAGAUGCUGCUCUGGACUUUACUCUUGCCUCUCGGGCUCCUAUAUGCAGCCUUGGCAAGUGCCGCGCAGUGUGGGCUGGAGGAGCGGGCGCAGCGGGCACGGAGGACAGCGCGGAAGAGCCGCGGUGUGCGCAGCGCUCUGGAGGGUUCCUGCGCUACCAGCCUUGCCCGAGGCCGCCGGUCCCUCACCAGCUUAGAGCACCUGAGACUACAUCAUCAUCACCGUCACCACCAUCACCACCAUCAGCAGCCAGAGGGGCACGAAGGUGCUGCGGAGUCCAUGCCCCCCGGGAGAGCUGUGUAUUUCACUGGGCAUAGGGACCAGCUGCGCCUGAAGGCGGCUAAUGAGUUGCCAGGGGACUCCUUCACCUUACAAGUUUGGCUGAGAGCCGAGGGAGGGCAGAGGUCCCCAGCAGUUAUCGCAGGACUUUAUGACAAAUGUACUUAUUCUUCUCAUGACCGUGGAUGGGUACUUGGAAUUGAGGCCAUGAGUGACCAGGGUACAAGAGAUCCACGCUAUUUCUUCUCUUUAAAGACAGAUCGUGCUCGCAAAAUGACGACCAUCACUGCUCAUCGCAACUACCUCCCAAAUCAGUGGAUUCAUCUAUCUGUAACAUAUAAUGGCCGCAUAUUGAAACUCUAUAUCAACGGGGCACAAGUGGCGACAAGUAGUGAACAAGUUGGCCCAGUCUUCAGCCCUUUUGCUCGCAAAUGCAAAACUCUAAUGAUUGGAGGAAAUGCUCUAAAUCAGAACUACAGAGGUUAUAUGGAACAAUUUGGGUUCUGGAAAAUAGCUCGAACCCAGAAGGAAAUAUUGCAGGAUAUGGGCCAAGCAUUUCAUGGACUGAGCAAUUCUCUACCUCAACUUGUUCUUCAGGAUUGCUUUGAGAAUAUGAACACCAACUGGUUUCUCGUAGAUGGCAAAUAUGGUAAAAUGCCACAAACAGAAGACAUCCAUCUCCCUGUUUCAUCCUUGGACACAAAUUUAGAUCUUCCCCAGUGUGGACAAACUCUUUGUGACAAUGUGGAUGUGAUUUCUAGCUACAACAACGUUGCAGGGUUCCAGCGACCUAGGGUUGUACGGUAUACCGUGGUCAAUGUGUUUGAUGACAACCAUGAAAACCCAACAGUAACCAAAGAACAAAUCGAGCUUCAGCAUAGGAAGCUCAACGAGGCUUUUAACCCCUACAACAUCACCUGGGAAUUACAUGUGUUAGAAAGGAACGAUUCCUUUCUACGAUACCGACUCAUCCUUACUAACUGUGACAUUACAAAGAUUGGCAACAGUAAGUGUGAUCUAGAAUGUAACCAUAAACUCACUGGAUAUGAUGGGGGUGAUUGUCGUAGACGCACCUCUUGUUUGUACUCCAGCCGGAAGGAAAACAGUGUUUGUGAUAUGGAUUGCAACACUGAGGAAUUGAAUUUUGAUGGUGGAACUUGUUGUAAUCCAAAUGUUACCGAUGUUACAAAGACUUGCUUCGAUCCAAUUUCACCUUACAGGGCUUACUUAGACUUAAAUGAGCUCAAGCAUCGGCUCAACGUGUCGGGAUCCUCUCAGCUAAACAUUUUCUUUGUAAACUCCUCAGAAGAUGAACUGGCUGGGGUUGCCACAUGGCCUUGGGACAAGGAAGUUCUUACUCACCUUGGUGGCAUUGUUAUGAACCCAUCAUUUUUUGGAGUUCCUGGCCACACACAUACCAUGAUCCAUGAAAUUGGUCAUAGCUUGGGAUUGUACCAUGUCUUCCGUGGCAUUUCAGAGAUUCUCUCUUGUAGUGACCCCUGUAUGGAAACAGAUCCUUCCUAUGAAACAGGAGAUCUCUGCCAUGAUACCAACCCAUCCCCGAAGCAUAAAACGUGUGGAGAUCCUGUUCCUGGACCGGGAAAUGACACGUGUGGCUUUCAAACAUUUCUCAACACUCCUUAUAAUAACUACAUGAGCUAUGCAGAAGAUGACUGCACUGACUCCUUCACUCCCAACCAAGUUGCCAGAAUGCAUUGCUAUUUAGACUUGGUAUACCAAGGCUGGCAGCCAUCCUUCAGACCAUCACCAGUAGCGAUUGCUCCACAGAUUGUGCAGCACACCUUUAUCUCAGUCACCCUGGAAUGGUUUCCACCCAUUGAUGGAUACAUCUUUGAAAGAGAUGUGGGAUCAACAUGUCACUUGUGUGUGGAGAAAAGGAUUUUGGUUCAGUAUGGUUCAAAUGCAUCUUCUCCGGUGCCUUGUAAACCAUCUGGUAAUUGGAGCCCAAGAGAAGCUGAAGGACCUCCCGAUGUUGACCAGCCAUGUGAAACAAAUGUUCGAACCUGGAGUCCUGGAGCAGACUACAACACUGUGCCUCCUUCUUGUACUGAGCCACAUGAAUGCUUUCUGCAGCUGCAGUUUACGUACCCAGUGAUCCCACAGACUCUAACCAUCUGGGUGACAUAUGUAACCAGAGACUCUGAAACAAAGGGAACUGAGGUGGAAGUCAAAGUCCUUCACGUCAACGGGGAGAAUACAUCACUCGGUGCUCAAAGUAUCUUUUGUGAUGUUCCUCUGACCAUCAAGUUAGACUACAUUAAAGUUGAAGUACAUGCCAUUCAGAUCUACACCAAGGAUAACCAAAUGGAGAUUGAUGCUGCUAUGAUCACCUCAGUGCCUAACUACCCCUUGUGUGCAGACUGCAAACCAAUCUACUACAAAGUUCUCCGUGACCCACCCUUUCCCCCUGGUACGUCUACUUUGACCUCCAGCCUUCAGAGAAGGUACAUAGACAGAGAUCUGAAACCUGGACGUGUCUACAAAUACCAGAUUGUGACUAUCACUGCCAGCGGAGAGAGCGAGCCAUCCCCAGAACUGGUUUAUCAUCAUGGCAAUGGAUACUGUGGGGAUGGAAUAAUCCAAAAAAUCCUAGGUGAAGAAUGCGAUGAUAUGAAUAAGAUAAAUGGUGAUGGCUGUUCCCUCUUUUGUCGUGAGGAGGCAUCUUUCCGUUGUUUGGAUGAACCUAGCAGAUGUUACUUCCAUGAUGGUGAUGGUGUCUGUGAAGAUUUUGAAAAGAUGACAAGUAUUAAAGACUGCGGGGUAUACACACCAAAUGGAUUUCAGGAUCAGUGGGCCUCAAAUGUCACAGUGUCACACCAUAAUGAUCAAGACUGCCCAGGGUGGGUAGUCAUUGGUCAGCCUGCAUCUACUCAGGUUUGCCAAACUAAAGUGGAGGAAAUGAAUCCUACCGUGUCCCAAUAUGCUUGGUAUCCAUGCACAGUAAAGCAGACAAUGAACUUCUGGUUAAAGGCCCACUUUUCUCAAUACGUGGUUGUUGCUGCAGUUGUUGUGCAUCUGGUGACGGACGGAACAUCUUACAGCUACCAAAAGCCAGAGACCAUCAGUGUUCAUCUUAUUGAUGUCAAGGAACAAAUGCAUGAUCUUGGUGUUCAUAUUCUUAGCUGUCGAAAUAAUCCUUUGGUGAUUCCUGUGUUGCAUGAUCUCAGUCAGCCUUUUUAUCACAGUAAAGCUGUCGUCAUAAGCUUUUCUUCCAACGUGGUGGCCAUUUCUGGGGUGGCUCUGAGGUCCUUUCACGAUUUUGACCCAAUCAAAAUUAGCAGCUGCCAAAGAGGAGAGAUUUACAGUGCGACUGAACAGAGCUGUGUCCAUUACUCUUGUGAGGAUCCCGACUGUCAAGAGUUAAAAGUUGGAAAUGCUGCAUUAAACUGUACAAAUGGUCACUACAAUGGGGCGCAGUGCGAGGUUACCUGUCACACUGGUUAUAGGCUGAAAAUUCACAGAACUAACAGGAAUGAUGCCAUCCUAAAACCACAGAUUGAUUCUCAAAUUAUAAUAACAUGCAGGGAUGGAAAGUGGAGUAAGCAGGUGACCUGUGAACCAGUGGACUGUGGCCCUCCUGAUAAGAACCACAUCUACCAUGCAUCAUUUUAUUGCCCAAAUGGAACCACCUAUGGAAAGCGAUGCACCUUUCAAUGUUACCCUCCUGCUCAUUUGAAAGGUACGAAAAAUACAUUAACAUGCUUGGAGGAUGGUCUUUGGUCAUUUCCAGAAGCUAUCUGUGAACUUAUGUGCAUGGCACCACAACCUUUGCCCAAUGCUGAACUGCAGACAGCACGGUGCCUUUCUAAUGGCCACAAGGUGGGCUCUUCCUGCAAGUAUAAGUGUAAGGUGGGAUAUCAUGUACCAGAUCCAACGAAGAAGAUAAGGAAGAAGGCAUUUAAAAUCCAGUGCACUAAGGAUGGAAAAUGGCAGUCUGCAGAGUGUGUCCCUGUAAUGUGCGAACCUCCUCAUACUAAGUUCAUGGGGUUUUACCAGUGCACCAAUGGAUUUCAGUACAACAGUGAAUGUAGACUUCCAUGCAAUGACAGCAAUAACCAGUCGAACUUUGGACAUAAUAUUAUCCGCUGUCAGAUUGAUGGGACUUGGAGUGGAAGUUUUGAACUCUGUGACUCCAUGAAAGGCUCUUGUGAACCUCCCCAUCUUUCUGCUUUUAACCCAUUGGUGAUAAAUUGUGCACAAGGAUAUGAAAUAGGAGCUGAAUGCAACGUCACUUGCUUUGAGUAUAAAAAGAAAGAAGUAGUCAUAUUGCCACCGAAUGUGACAGAAAAAAGUCUGCAGCACUGGAUGAAUCCAAAAAGAGUGCAGAAAAUUACUUGUACAGGAAGAAAGCAAUGGUAUCCACUGCCAGAAGAGCUACAUUGUAUCAAAAGGUGUGAGCCAAUAUUUAUUGCAGACAAAUAUUGCGAUGGAGUUAACAACUGGGCUUUUUGUGGCUAUGAUGGCGGAGAUUGCUGUCUCUCCACCGUUAAAUCAAAAGAGAUAAACCCAUUUCCUCCUACAGACUGUGAUCUACAGGGGAAGUGUGCAUGCCUGGACCCCAAUGCAGAAGAAAACAACCCAAAUACUCAAAGCCCGAACCAUGGAUAGCAUUCUGUACAGUUGGCAUGACCACAUCCAAUGGCAGACUGGAAAACACAUGACAUUCCCUCUGUUAUUUUUAUUAUAGCUGCUGAACUGGAUUGCGUUUCUCCAUAAGAAACCAUAACAUACUGACCAGUCUGACAUUUUCUAUAUCAAUGAACAGCUGCGAUUGAUGCAUUAUGAUUUGAAUGCCAUAAGGAACAAAAAUCGUAUAAGUGUUAAGCUGUGGUAUGGCCAGAAGAAGACAAAAUACAAGCCAUAAACACAUUAUCAGCCAGUUAGACUGGACAUUUCAGUCCUCCAUUUCCCACGCAGAUGGUAGACUGUGAAGAUUUUAAGGAGUGACAGAUGCAACUAGAAGAUGAUUUUUAGGUUUGCAGUUUCUGCAAGCUUUAGUUUUUCUUUCUCCAUCGAACCUUGAGCUGUGCACUUUUCCUGUUGGAAGGUCUGUUAUGAAUGACAUCUAACUGCCUUAUAACAGAAAUACAUCAUUUAUCCCUCAUACCACCAAAACCCAACACUAGCUGUUUGAGCAUAACCGUUGCUGCUAUUCCUGCUGCUAUGUCCCGUACAGCCAUUCUCCUUACUGUGUCAGGUCAAGUCGAAAUCAACCGAAACAACCAGUCUGCCUUAAAUCUCGUCUUUAGCCUGCCACGACACCCUCAGGCCUCGUCCUUACAAACAGAUUACAGGGACCAAACUAUCAGCUACUUUGAGAUGGGUUAGAACCUCCUGGUAACAUCUAGCGAUAAGCUCCAUCACCUGAGAUGUCGGUAGUUGUGUUAAAGUCAAUUCUAGAUUGCAUUCGGUGGAGUCUUCUAACAGCUGCUCAGCUGGAUAUUAGAUAGUCUAUAAAUUGAGUGGGUUUUAUCAGUAUUAUAUUUAGGUUAAAUCCAUAAAGACGUUAUUUAUGGAUUUCUGAAUUUUAGGGAACACUGCCCUUGCUCAUUUCUUUGAGUUUUUUUUUUUUUUUAUCAUUUUGUUUUAUUUCACCAUUGUAUUGUUCGUUCCAGUCAUGUUUGUUAAUACAUGUGCUAGCAGUUAUCAUUUAAAGUCAAUACAUUUGCUUUGCGUACUAUAAACUUAUACAUUGGGGGCUCGUAAUUCUCGAGUAGACCAGUGGUGGAUAAGGCUGAAAUGACAACCUUGUAUUUUAUUUCUUUGUCUUUUUUUUGUAAUGUUUUAUAAUAGCCUAAACCAGUGCUGUUAUAAAAUCGUAUCGGAGGGCCAGUCUAUCAUGAUGUUGCUUACC